AUGUUAGUAAAAAGUCAAACCCAGGAGCAGUUCAUCUCUGACCUGAGGGAAAUCUUCGAGGUUCUGCGGAGCUCAGGAAUGCGGCUAAACCCAAAGAAGUAUACUUUUGGGGUCCGGUCGGGAAAAUUCUUGGGUUACAUGAUUUCUAAAGAAGGGGUGAGAGCCAAUCCGGACAAGAUCAAGGCCAUCCUGGACAUGGCUCCACCUCGGAAUAUUAAGGAGGUGCAACGUCUGAUAGGGAGGAUGGCAGCCUUGAACAGGUUCCUGUCCAGAUCGGCAGUUCGGGGGUCGCCUUUCUUCAAGGCCUUGAAAGGAGCUCAGAAGCUCAGGACAUACUUCCAAACUCAUCCUGUUGUGGUGGUGACGGACCAACCCUUGAAAGAGAUCCUUUCCAAGCCCGAGGCUUCAGGACGGAUGGUGAAGUGGGCUGUGGAGCUGUCAGAAUACGAUCUGGGAUACCAGCCAAGGACAGCUAUCAAAGCCCAAGCCUUGGUGGACUUCAUAGCGGAUGGCGUCUCCUUUGGGUCGACCGAAGCAGAGGCCGAACAGGCUGAAGAGACAAAUAAAGGUGGAAAGGAUGAAGGAAUCAUCAAGGACGCACACCCCAGGCGAGCAGCCGAAGCCCUACAGGCCCAAAAAACUACCAAGGCCGUGCUGAUCCGAGAAGCAGUCGAGGUCCUAGCGGCUGAAGACGCUGCUGGGGUCGCUCAGGCCAGUCAGGUAGCAGAGGUCGAACAGGUCGGAGAAGUAGUUGAGACCGAGCAGGUCAAAGAGGCUGUCGAGGCCAGUCAGGUCGGGAAGGCAGCUGAGGUUGGGCUGGCCGGAGAGGCUGCCGAGACCAAGAAGGCUACAAAGGCUGAAGAACAGAUGGAUCCUCCUUGGACAUUGUACGUGGAUGGUGCGUCAAGCAAGGAAGGAUGCGGAGUCGGGCUCCUCCUAAUCAGUCCUACUGGGGAAGAACUGCCCUACGCACUAAGGUUCGAUUUUAGAACUUCUAACAACGAAUCAGAAUAUGAAGCUCUGAUUGCAGGGAUGGAAAUUGCCCGCAAGUUAGGAGUCAGAUCGAUAAAAGUCUAUAGCGACUCGCAGCUGAUAGUGAACCAGGUUUGGGGGAGCUAUGAGGUCAAAGAGGGGACGCUGAGAAAAUACGUGGCCAAGACGCGUGAGUUGAAGGGCCUGUUCGAGCAGUUCGCGCUUGAGCAAAUUCCGCGGAGUCAGAACAAGAGAGCUGAUGCCCUGUCCAAACUGGCCUCCACCUCGGUUGGCAUCUUGGGUCGAGAGAUAGUGAUGGAGGUCGUCAGAAGUCGGGCGUAUGAACAGGUGAGUGCUGCGGUCAUACAUGUGGUGAGCUCGUGGAUGGAUCCUAUUGUUCGAUAUUUGGCUCAGGGUGAGCUUCCGCCGAGCAGAAUAGAGGCUCGCAAGAUUCUCCUAAAAUCACAGAGGUACGUGCUCACACAUGGAGUCCUGUACAGGAAAUCUUACUUGCAGCUCUGGUUGAAGUGUGUAACGCCUGAGGAAGGGGGCUAUGUCCUGCGCGAGCUACAUGAAGGCCUCUGCGGCAACCAUGUCGGUCCAAGAGUAUUGGCUAAGAAGGGAAUGCUGGCUGGAUACUAUUGGCCCACCAUCUUCAGGGACUCAGCCGAACUGGUAGCCAGAUGUAAAUCAUGCCAGUUGCACGCCCCAGUUCAUCAUGCCCCAACUCAGGAAAUGAUUCUUCUUCAUAGCCCGUGGCCGUUCUUCCAGUGGGGAAUUGACUUGUUAGGACUUUUCCCCCGAGCUCCAGGUGGUUAUGAACACUUGGUGGUGGCAAUUGAUUACUUCACCAAGUGGAUAGAAGUUGAGCCGCUCAGUACAAUCAGCAGCAGGUCGAUACAUAAGUUCCUUUGGAGGAACGUAGUCUGCCGAUUUGACAUACCAAGGGUUCUCGUUUCGGAUAAUGGCCGACAGUUCGCGGAUCAUUCGCUUCAGGAGUGGUGCGCUGAGUUGGGCAUCCAGCAGCACUUCACCUCAGUAGGGCACCCCCAAGCCAAUGGGCAGGUCGAGAAUGUUAACAGGACCAUCUUGCACGGCUUAAGAACAAGAAUAGAGUCUGCGCAAACUGUGAUCCCAACAGAAAUUGGAGUACCCUCGGGUAGGGUGCAACACUUUGUGGCUCAGGGCAAUGAGGAAGAAAUGCGGUUUGACUUGGAUAUGCUCGAGUAUCGAAGGGAAGAGGCGGCUAUAAGAAUGGCUAAAUAUAAGGGUCAGAUCGCACGUUACUACAAUGCCAUGGUAAGACAUCUUUCUUUCAAGUCAGGGGACUUGGUGUUACGCAAAAACUCCGUAAGCCGAGCUGUGGGCACAGGCAAGUUAGAUCCAAACUGGGAAGGUCCCUAUGUGGUAAAGGAAGCUAACCGAGCAGACUGGGCCAUGACUAGAACUGGAGGGGGAAGGUAUUCAGACCCGGACGAGCUGGAAGAAGAAGAACUAGACGAGAGUAUCUCUAUAGGUGCAGGUCGGACAAUUCUACGCCUAGGUGCUGAGCUGGUGAGGUCUGAGUGUGUGGAAGAAGACGACAUAAAAAGAAAAGAGGACUUACUGGUGGAUGAAGGAGAAGAACUGAAGUAUGCUAGAAAGGGAGAUCCUACUCUCGAACGACCUCACAGAAUGCGGAGCGAGCUGGUGAAGAUUGGGGAGAAGGAAGAAUGA